AUGUCUUCCGACAUGAAGCUCGCCAAUGGCCCCUUCCACGGGUCAGAAAGUACGCAUGCGCAUCUUGAAAAUGUUAAGCUCCCCGCAGUUGAUACCAUACACGGCGAUGAGGCGAUGAAAUCAAUGGCGACGUACGCCGGUGAUAGGGAAUGGGAUCCAGAGGAAGAGAAGCUACUCACCCGGAAAAUCGACAGAAAGCUGCUCCCUAUCAUGGCUCUAUCAUAUGGCUUGCAGUAUUAUGAUAAGACACUGCUCUCCCAGGCUGCAAUUUUCGGUCUCAGAGAAGACCUUGAAUUGUUCAUUGGAAUUCGAUAUUCCAUGGCCUCGUCCAUAUUUUAUCUUGGCUGGAUUGCAGGAGCGUACCCUACAAUCUACAUCGCACAGCGCUUCCCCAUCGAGCGCGUAGGCGCUGGCAUAAUCUUGCUCUGGGGAGGAGUCCUUAUGCUAGCGGCAGCAUGUACUGACUUCCGGGGGUUUUACGCGCAGAGAUUUUUCCUUGGUUUCCUUGAAGCUGCCAUCGCUCCGAUGUUUAUGCUUGUGAUAGGAGGUUGGUAUAAAAAGCAAGAGCAGGCGCUGCGCAUGGGUAUCUGGUACUGUUUUACUGGCUACAUUUCAAUGUUUACCCCUCUCAUCAACUUUGGGCUAGGACAACUCGGGGGACCUUUAUCACCAUGGAAGUACAUGUUCAUAUGUGCCGGUGGAGUGACCGUACUCUGGUCAUUCGUUGUCCUUUUCUUUCUCCCAGGAGACCCAACUCGAGCCAGUGGGUUUUCGGAGCGUGAGAGAUAUAUCGCCGUAGCAAGGUUACAAAGUAACAACACUGGUGUACGCAACGUCCACUUCAAGGGAUCCCAAAUAUUAGACGCACUUUCCGACCUGCGAUUUUGGCUCGUCAUAUUCAUUGCGUUGCUCACAAUGAUUGCAAAUGGGCCCCAGUCAACCUUUCAGGCUAUAAUCGUCAAUGGCUUUGGAUUCACUCCCCUAGUCUCACUCCUCCUCCUAACGCCGUUUGGUUUCAUCAUCGGGACCAUCCAGCUGGUAGGCCCAUACCUGGCCUUUAAGUACAAAAACGUGAGAACAUAUAUUGUCAUCACUUGUCAAUGCCUGACGAUCAUCUCGAGCCUCCUUCUCUGGUUGCUGCCCCGAUCAGAAUUAGGAGGACUCCUCCUGGGAGUCUAUUUCUUGGGUUCGUUUGGAGGGGCCUACGUCACCCUAAUGAUCAUACAAGUUGCAAACACGGCCGGUUAUACCAAGCGUGCCUUUACUUCUGCUGGUAUUUUCAUUGCUUACAGUGUUGGCAAUGUGAUCGGGCCAUUGAUGUUCAUGUCCGAUGAUGCGCCGCGCUAUAUAUCAGGCUGGACGAUCGUUGUCGUGACACAGUCUACGGCAGCAGUUCUUACGCUGCUUUAUCGAAUUUUGUGUGUCAGGGAGAAUAAUCGACGAGACAAAACGGGAAUAAUGGAAAGUUAUGAUCAUGCAUUUGACGAUGAUCUUACAGAUCGAAUG